UGGCGAUCUUGAACAGCUAGGGACUAAAUAUACGUGUUCUGGAAUAUCAAAACAUAUGAUGAUGAAGUGACAAUUUGACGAGAAUCGAAUAUCUUAUUACUAACAACUUGUAUUUUCACAGAUUUGUUAUUAUCUGUAGUGACACCCAAAGGAACUAUAUUAUUGAAAUAGAGCAUCAAAUUUAUUGUUCAGCUUUUAAACGAGAAUAUUGUGAAACCAGUUUGAAUUUGGAAAUGUACAUAUAUAAUAUGUGUACGUAUUUUUCGAAAAAUAUAAUACAUGAGGCUUGUAUGUGAAAAAUCUAUUAAAUACAGCAUUAUCUGCUAAAAAUACAUAUUAUAUAAUAUUUAAAAUGCCACAAGUUGAUGGCGGUGCCAUACCAGUAACGAAUAAUCAGAAUAGCGCAUCUGUACAUAACAAUCGUAUCGCUGGUGGUACUACUCGGAGAACCUUAAAUAAUAACAACAUGAAUACUACUAGAAAUAAUAAUAAUCAAAACACAUUAGUUAAUGUGCGGGACAGAUUAUUUUACGCAAUAUUUUUCAAAGCUGCAUUAACUUAUGCAAGAACAUUUCCAAGGCCUGUCAGACGUUUGAUAGAAUUUAUAGUUCUGUUAAAGGCCAUAUUAGCAUUUUUUGUGUUGGCUUAUAUUCACAUAGUAUUUUCACGUGCACCAAUUAAUUGUUUAGAACAUAUAAGAGAUGAUUGGCCUCGGGAUGGCAUAUUAAGAGUUGAAAUACUAAGAAAUGGAGGAGAAGAUUAUAGUAUAGAAAAGAGUUAUGCGAAAGAAGAGAAAUUGAGACAAGAGAAAGUUGAUCACUUAAUUAAUGCUUUGGGCAUAUUACCUAGAGAUGGGUUUAUUAAUAUAGAACCAUCUGCUGUUGACGAGGAUAGAGACAGUGGCAAACUGACUACUGAAGAACAUCAUGACAGUUUAACAUUACCCGAGAAAGAAACAAUUAUUAGAGGUUCUACUGUUUCUAAUGAGGCACAAGAUCCAAAUUUAAGUAUAAGUAAUACAACGAGUCCUUCAUUUGCUACAAAAUUUUGGAACGAAGUAAAUACAAAUACUGAACAAACUUCAGAUGACAAAAUUAUACAAUUAACAAAUGGACAAAACAGUAGUGGAGGGGAAGACGUAAAUAAAUCUAACACAGAGGAUGUUCAACCAUUAAAGGAACAGAACUCUGAAACCGACAAAGCAACAAGAACAGAUGACGGUUAUAUUGUAGAAUAUUCAUUAGAAUACGGUUUCUUGAGAUUAUCACCUGUUGCUAGGCAAAGGUUAAACAUUCCUGUAAAAAUUGUUACUUUGGAUCCUGUAAAUGAUAAAUGCUUUGGUGACGAUUUUUCAAGAUUAAUUCUUGAUGAAUUCUUGGGAUAUGAUGAUUUGUUAAUGGCGAGUAUUAAAACAUUAGCAGAACAUGAAGACAAUAACGGCUUUUUAAGAAAUGUAGUGACCGGAGAACAUUACCGAUUUGUAAGCAUGUGGAUGGCUAGAACUUCAUAUCUUGCUGCAUUUUUCAUUAUGUUACUAUUUACCAUUUCCAUUUCGAUGUUGCUGCGAUAUUCGCAUCAUCAGAUUUUCGUGUUUAUCGUGGACCUGCUUCAAAUGCUGGAGUUGAAUUUAACGGUAUCGUUCCCGGCAACAUCUCUCCUCACGGUGAUCCUGGCUCUCGUCGGAAUGGAAGCAAUUAUGUCGGAAUUCUUCAAUGAUACUACUACUGCCUUCUACAUCAUGCUGAUCGUUUGGAUCGCUGAUCAAUACGACGCCAUUUGUUGUCGAACCCCGAUUUCGAAACGCCACUGGCUGCGGUUCUUCUUUCUUUAUCACUUCUCCUUCUACGCUUAUCAUUAUCGAUUCAACGGGCAGUACAGUAGUUUGGCGCUAAUUACAUCUUGGCUGUUUAUACAGCACUCGAUGUUAUACUUCUUUCAUCAUUACGAGCUACCUGUGAUCAUGCAACAGGCACAGUUGCAGCACCUUCUCUUCCAUAAUAACCGUCAGCCUGGGAUGGCUGAGCCGUCAGCUGAACUCUCAGCCGAACAUUCGGUCGAACCAUCGGCUGAACCUUCCGCCGAACCUCCAACCGAACCUUCAGCCGAACCUUCUGUUGAACCGUCGGUCGAGUCGCCGGUCGAACCCACGAACAGGACGAGCCCGACGCUCGAUAAUCCUUCGUCCGCAACGGAAUCGUUCCAAAUACGAGAACCGCCGUCGUUUACCAGAGUAUCCGACGCGACGGAGGAAGCAUCCCUUUCGGGUCCGGCGCAAGUCCCCUCGGAUCUUGCCACGUGCGAAGUCGAAGACGAAGAUCAAGCCGGAAGCGCGGAUGAAACGUCGCGCACGGAGCAAAGCGAUGAAGCAACAGAUAGGCCAGCGACGUCAGACGCGGAUCCGGGCACUGGCGCGGAAGCGGAAUCGGAAUCGGUCGCCGCGAUAUCGGACAGCGGCGGUUCCUCUUCCUCGGACGCGGGAGACAAUGGAUCGUCGAUGGAUACUUGCACGUCAACGGCGGGCUUUGAAGUGAUCGAGGCUGCGGAGGCGAGUCGGAAAGAAAUGGCGUCCUGUCAGGACAAAUAGGAAAGCUGAGGCGCCUCGAGCCACGCCAGUCGUACAAGUGGAUAGCCCGGAAAGGAGAGGCUGUCGUCUCAGAGCGACUGGAUCCGCGGAGCGGAGCGUCUCGGGGCUGAACGAUCUUCAAGCUCGCGUGCUACGAUCGGGGUAGGCUGGUUAGGGGUUAUCGUUCAUCGUGGACCAUGCAUCGGGUAAACGCGGAGCCGUUUUCUUUUUCAAUCGCAUCGAUACCGCUGCUGCCGUUAGGGAAGCUCGUACUUCGUCGGCCCAAGGUGGCCAGGUGUUAAGUUUUAACGAGUAACCGGGGAACAGGGGUGAAACGGGAUAACUGGUAACUGGAUUUCAUCGUGCGCGGGACCAGACAGGCUAGCACCCGCCUAACGGUUCACGCAUGCGAUAUGUCGUGCUCCCGGGUGACGAAAGACGAAACUCUGCUGGGUAGGACGAUUCCUCGCGGCCAACCCUCGAAAUCUAUCAUUGAACACGUUUGUAGCGAGGUGUGCUAGUAGCUACUCUUGCUGAUGGUUUCAUGAAUGGUCCUAAAGAUAGGAUUUGAUUAUUGAAAUCUAUCAUUUGGAGUGAGGUGUGCUAGUAGCUACUCUUGCUGACGGUUUCAAUGAAUGGUCCUAAAGAUAGGUUUUGAUUAUUAAAAUCUAUCAUUUGGAGUGAGGUGUGCUAGUAGCUAUUCUUGCUGACGGUUUCAAUGAAUGCUCCUAAAGAUAGGUUUUGAUUAUUGAAAUCUAUCAUUUGGAGUGUGGUGUGCUAGUAGCUACUCUUGCUGACGGUUUCAAUGAAUGGUCCUAAAGAUAGGUUUGAUUAUUGAAACCUAUCAUUGAACACGUUUGGAGCGAGGUGUGCUAGUAGCUACUCUUGCUGACGGUUUCAUGAAUGGUUCUAAAGAUAGGUUUUGAUUAUUGGGUUUUUAAUGAUAUUCAGGGAUAAUGGGUGGAAUUUUCAUGAUAGACUUUAAGGUUCAAUGAACGUGGUAGAACUAAUCGAAGGAUAAUCUUAUGAUUGUUACAAUUUCGGUACAAUAUCGGUGUCUUUGGUCAUUAGGUUUUUUAUAAUAUUCAAAAUUGUGAUUUUACUAAUGAUAGAUUUUGAGGAUUAAUGGACAGUUUAAAAUUGAUUAAAGACAGAAACAUUACCACCAUUGCUACGUUGAUAAACUGAGUGAGUCCUGUUCGAAAUGCAGAGUUUCGAGAUUAAAUUCGUCCCAGAGACGUCUGUUGGUUCCGUUUAGACGAAGAACGAGCUUUCCUUCGGGGCACUGAUCCCAUCGAGCAUUUCGUACCAUUUUUAGCCGUUCAGACAGUGGGUGAACUUGUUCCGUAUCAAGCGAAACCGUCAACGGAGUUUUAAUCAGGGCCGCGUGUCGCGUCGUCGGUACCCGGGAAUAGCGUCCACUGGCACCGUCAGAGGCGGGGACACAUCGAACGCGAGAAAAACAGGGGCGCAACAAGUUGGACCGUUUCCAGCGAAUAUUCCUUCUUUUCUAUUAUUUGCUUGCCACGCGUCGCGCGGAUGAUCCCCUUCCGCGGAUUGAUCUCGGCACGAUGAACGACGGACCAUGUGCAGUAGGGUACGUCAUCGCUGAGCCGCGUCACCUUACCUUCGUCUCUUGCCCUCCCUUUCACACCCGAGUUCUGUUUAUAUAGAACGGUGCUGUCCACCAACGAAUUUCCACGCAUAUCCUUGCAAACCUUUUCGACAAACAAGUGCUGUGAAAAGUGUCCAACGUUUCACACGUUUAUAGACUGUUGAAAUGUUCUUCAACGAGUCAUUCGUUUCAUUCAACACUAGAACUACUGAACGAGCCAAAAUGAGCCAUUCUUGAUUUCUUCUUUUUGCAAUUAUUAGAAAGAUAACAGAUGUUUCUCUAAGAAAUUUAAAGAAAUUGAUUACGCGAAUUUGAUUAUCAAUCAAUUACAGUCUCGGUAGAUACACUCUUGAAGUUUCUAUAGAGAAAUUUCAAAAAGUCAAUUUAGCUGCUCGGUAGUUUCAGCGUUAAUGAUUUUAACGAUAGAACUACCAGGAGGGUCAAAAUCAGCCAUUCUUGAAUUCGCCUUUUAUAGUUACUGAAAAGAUAACGGAUGCUUCUUUGAUUAGAGACAUUAGCUUGGUAAUGCGUAAACUGAAUUAUGAAUCAAUUGAAAUCUCAAUGCUCUGUUGGAGUUUCUGCAGAAAAAUCUGAAAAUAUUCAUUCGAUUCUUUGGUGGUUCUAGUGUUAAUGAAACGGGAACUGGAAAGUAGAAACUGAGCGAGGAGACUUUCACUAGCUUCUUGCGUUUCAUGGGUUCUAACGAAAUUCAAUUUAUUUUAUUAUCGGGAAAACUGAUUUUUUAAUUUAGAAUAAUUGUCUUUUCUUAUUAACUAGUUUGGCAAUCGACGUGUAACGUUAUAUUUUAGCGUUUUUUAGGAAGAAUAUUUCAGAAAAAUACAGCGUGGAUAUCGUAAACUGCUGCCUGGUGCUUAUUAAGGAAAAUAAUUAAUUUCCAUCGGGCAUGUUGACGAUCGGUGUCUGGAACUUAUGUGGACAGCACUGUUCUAUAUCGUGUUCCGGUAUAAAUGGACUGCGGAUUGCAUACAUUUGUAACAUGCACGAUAAUGGUUUCAUUUGAAUAAAGUAAGAGGAUCCCUGUGUGAUUUUCGGUUUCUGUGAAUUGACCGUCAAAUAUUUGAAUCUGCGUAAAUAUCCGCAGUCUAAUUAUAACAAUAUUUUGUAACUUCUAGAAUUCGGAGAGCGAUUCUUCUGAAUUGACCAAUAUCAUCGCUGAAGUUACAGUGAUCAAUCGAUAGUACACUUUAUAUUUGCGUAUAUUUUUUCCAAUUAACACACUACGAAUAUUUUAGAACAUAUGUGUGUGGUAUAUCGUUCAGAAAAAAUAAAUAUAAGGAACAGCAUUCGUAUAAUUUUGUCUUUUUUUUAAGUUACAUAUGCUAAUGGUGUUCCGUGUAGAUAUUCUCGAAAGAAUAUACAACGUACACGUGAACUGAAAUACUCAUGUUUGUAAUUUGGAAAAGUAGAAAGUAUCAGGUGUGCUAUUUUGUUGUUGAUUACUACGAAAAAGGUGGAAGAAUUACCAUCGAACAAAAAUAAUCACUUUUCUGAUACACCUUUUCGGAUGAUCGCAAAAUUAACUUUUGCUCUUUCCUCCCUGAGAAUACCUUGAGAAUAAAUUUUUAAUAUGUCAGACUAGAUUGCAUUGCGGAUGCUUUUACAAAUUCAGAUUUUUGGAUACUACUUUGUAGAAAUGGAAAAUCGGCACAAUUGUUUUUUACGAGAAUCUCUUAGAGCUUCGGAGUAAAAUCGAAUCACUGCGAUGGUUUACUCUUUUACGUUCGAUACAUUACGACGUGCUAUGAAUGCAUUAAAUCUGCGUGAUUAACCCCUUGCCUCUUUCGGCGAUCGCGCUGGUCGAAGCUACCGUCGACUAGUUUCAUUUUUCAUUCGAUUGUUGUCGGUUGUUGCCUACGAUCAAAGGAAAUUGUCAACGGUCGCGAUUGAUUUGCUAAUGAUAAUCACCAAUCAUUGAUUCCUCAUUCAUAAUGUUCACUAAUCUUCAGUUGUUAGUUUUUUAUAAAAAUAUAAUACAAAUUUUGUUCUUACACGUAUUUUUUGCAAAUACUUCGCGUUAGAGUUAGUUUCACCAAUUAUUAUUUUAACUUUGAAGUUUAAUGGAGAAACAAUAAAAAUCUAGUUCGGUAGGUAAUUGUUAAAUUAAUUGAUAAUUAAAAGACUAAUUUAAUCAUUAAUUGUGAAUCACAAAUAAUUCAAUGUUUCAAUAUUUAAUAUCAGAAGAAUAGAAUCACGUUUCGACUUGACAAGAAUGAACAAUUUAAAGAUUUAUCGCAUUCGGUUCACAACUUUCACUCGCUAAGGCAAGGGGUUAAAUAUCUGAAAAUUUUUAAUAAUCAGAAUACACGGAAUUGUUAAGUUUCUUUUAAAACAAAGAGAGAUUACCUAGAAUUAGUGGGCUUGAAGUCUCUGUCAAAGGAAUUUUAUUAUUAAUGUAAACAGCAAUGAUACGAUUGGAUAAAUUGAACAGUUACGAUAUAUAAUUAUCAUAGAAAAGUGUACAUAAAAGUAGAUAUAUAAUUAAGGAAAUUAUUUAAUGAAUCGAGAACACACGGUUUUCAGGUUUGGAUUCUGUUACAUAAAUUGUAUUAUUGUUGUAUUCGUAUACGUUAGGUUUAAUAUGUUCUUUUUCUCUUUUUAUUGAAAAAGGUGUAGGUUUUAUGUAAGAAGAAAAGAAUCUAAAUUAAUUUCAAAGAGAUUUACGAUCAUUACAAUUGUAAAUGUAAAUAGACUUUUAAAGUUGCUUGGUUGUACGAGAUCUACCUAUCCUUUUCUCGUUCAGUGUGAAGUAUAACUUUUAAUUAAUAUUAAGAAAAUUCAAUUCACACAGUGUUCUAAUUGCAAUUAACAAAAGUUUCAUUCUCUGAACGAGAUAAACCGAUCGGUUUAUGUUUCAUAUAUUUUUCUUUUAUUACGCACCUACUUACUUUGUGCAAGGGUUUGAAUAUAACAUGGGUUCGUUUACGAGAAAUAAAAUUGUUCGAAGGUCGUUUAAUUAAUUUGGUUCCCAGAAGAUUAACGAAUUUCUUUUCUCACUUCAUUCUUUGUCUCAAUUCUCAUAUUAGAAUUCUAGGAGCAGGGAAACGAGGGAAUUUAGAAAUAAAAGUUACGACAUAAAUGAAUAAAGGUAAUUCAACAAUUUUAACAAUUAUUAUAUUACAAAUAUGUGAACAAAUUUGUAAAUCAUUGUAGGUAAGUGAGAAUAUAAUAAAUAACUUAAAGUAAACAGUCGAUUUUUUAAUGCGACAUGAUUUUAAGAAUUUCAACUUUUUUUUUUCUAUAUACCAAUGAACAGAACUCCUUUAGGUCACUUUGCAACAAUCGCUUUCCAUUCAGUUAACUGUCAGAUGGCGGAAUCUCUUAAAAGGUAAAUAAUAACGUUCUAUUUCUUUCGUUUGUGACUGGAUUUUUUAACUGUAUAUUAGGAAAUGAAUUUUGUUAUUACGUUUCGAUUAAAAUUUAAUUUCUAAUAGCUUUGUAAAAUAAGCCAAUAACAUUAAUCAUAAUGCAUAACAAACUAAUAAAUCUUUCAUGUAAAAACAAUAAAAUACGAGAAGUUAUGAAACGAAUAUAUUACUUAUUAUUUAUUUAGUAGUUGCUGAUUUCAGCCGAACACGAUACGUUAUAUCAUAGUACCAAAGGUGAUUUAAGACUGUCGAGGUGAAAUUAUUAAAAAUUAAUUCAACUCCGUCGUCCGAUAGUUAAAAGAUGAACGUUUGUCCAUGAACUUUCUUAACGGCUAACUUAUUUAACAUUCAUUUUUUCGAGCGCGGUUCGUCUUCGUGUUUGCUCGAGAGGCUACGUCUUUGUACAGGAUGUUUACGUUGGUGGCCAGUGUUUCUCUCGUAAAUGGUAAAUUUAAAGAAAAAAUUAGACAAGUUCCAAUGUUUUUUUAUAACCAACCUAAUAAGGUAUGCAAAGUUUUUUACGUUUGUAAUAUUUCUUGAGAGACGAAGGUGAUUUCAAUGUUUUAAAUGAUGUAAUAUUGUACAUUCUUUUUAUGCGAAGGUAAUUUUUACUUUACAGAAUGUAAUAAUCUACAAGGUCGUUAAAGGUCAAGAAUAAAAGAAACAGUGAGAUCAGGUACUUAUUUGAUAGAAAGAAAAGUCGAAGUUUUUAAUGAGAAAAGUGUAAUUAUUUUAUACUUCUAUAUAACAUUUCAGUAUUCUAGAAUAUAUCAAGUUUAUUAAUCAUAAUUAUAGAAAAAUGAUAAGAUUACAAUCCUUAACCUUUAUUUUUUUAAAUUUAUCGUUUCCAGAUGUCUUAAAGAUUUCUUUAUUGAAACAACUUCUCUUCUUCUUAAUGAGAAUUUUAUUGUAAAAAGUAAUUAUCCGACAAAGGUACGAAGGGAAUAUUGAAGAUAAAUAAUUUGAAGUGGAAAAAUCUUACGAUUCGUAUAACAUAACAAUACAGCUUGUCGAACUAAAGGACAAACAAGACAAUACAACGUACAAAAGGACUUUAACAAAGCUGCUAAAGUCAUGAAACACUGAUGUCUAUUAAUUUUAUUUUAUUUCAUAAAUGGAAUAUUGGAAAUGUAUAAUUAAAUUAAAUUAGAUAAAAAUAUUGAUUUAAAAAUAGAUGUACAUACUUUUUGAGCUGUUUAAUUAUAUUCACAGAUCGUUCACGCUCAAAUUCUAUACACAGUUUUUCUAUCCGUUUGAAAAAUGACAGGUCGCGCCUUCGUUUCGCUGAGAAUAUUACAAGCAUAAAGAAUCAGCACACGCCAUUGUAUCGAUUAUGAAAGACAUUAAAAACUCCCCCAUUUCUCCCGCGCACUUACCAUUUACGAGGAAACAAGUGGCCAGUAACCGCGCGUACACCCUGCAUAGCCGGCAUCGACUCCGACCGAACCGUUGUAAACAACCGUGCACUUCAUCGAGAGCAUUUCAUUCGCGUCUCGCGGCCAGGUCUCUCCUCCAUUGUCCUUAGGUUUAAUUAAUUAAGUCGCUUAGCUGGUAAUUUAGCUCGCGGUAAUUGUAGUGCGGUAGAUGUGCCGGUAUCGCGAACAAAUUUCACACGUUAACGAUCAAAACGACGACGGCGGUGGUGUACAUUGCGAGCGAGCGUGGAAAGGAAACGGAGGGCGGAUCGCUUUGAAUCGUCGAGAGAGAACGGAUCUCUGCGUUAACACGUUGACCGCUACGAGAAUCUUAACUGUUUUCUAUAUCACUUAUUCUUUCGUGACAGAAAUAAAUAGGGUAAGUCGGGGAGAGGUGGUUCAAUUUUUUCGAGAGAACUGUUGUAUCUGAAAAAAUAUAUUUCUGAAAAUAAAUACAUAUAAGAAGAAUAGUUGAUUCUUCGUAGUCGAAUGUCUUCGAAUUUUCAAAAUCGAAAACUGCAAAUGAAUUUCAUUAUUCGUAUAAAAGAUUGAUACGUUUUCUUUUCUAUUUAAGAUUCCGAUAUGUAAUUCAAUUUUUUAUUAAAAGGGUUUUUAAAAGUUUGACAAGUUUUCGUUCAUUAAACAGGUUUCUGUGCAAGAUUCAGUGAAGAUAAUCGAAGGUAUAAAUAUUUUAAUUUUGAUGAGAUCGUGCCAUCUCGCCUGGAAUUACUCUAUUGGGAUUAUUAAGGAUUUGCUAUCACAGUUCUUACACUAUUCUCUCCUAGGAGAUAAGGGCUGAGGAAUUUGAUUGAUCUUCAUUUUUCUCACCCUAUUUUUUGUCAGUCUUAGUACCUAAUUCUUGGUAUUUUCUAAUUUAUUAUUCGUUAAUACGGUCACACGUAAACACUUGUUCCUGCGCCCUUACUGUAUUCCAUUACCCUUGCCCUAUGGCUUCUUUCACAGCUGUGCUCGAUGAAGCUGCUUGAUCCUUAAUAAUUUACUGCAAAAUGAAACGAAUUCGAUACACAUUCUUCCUCUACGAUUAUUCUAGAGGUUAACGGUUGAUAGAACAGUAACAUUUAAUUAACGUUCGAAAGAAGUAAAUAUAUAUUCAUCGAUAAAAUAUUCAUCACGCGUGUGACGCGAUAUCAUAGGGUAUAGGGUUAACGUUAUCCACAUCGAUGUAACCGUUCUCAGUUUACUGAAACCUAUUUAAUAAUAUUAACAGUGUACACGUAAUUAAGUAUAGCCGACGCUUGCAACAAGCGUCGACAAAAUAGAUAAUGAACGAAUAAACGAAGAUGAAAAGGAAGCUUUUAGCGGAACGUUGAUUCGUGCUGUUUUAGAAUUGUUUUCGAGUGAUUCGUGAGUUCAGGUCAUUGGUGACCACUACGGUGAACGUGUUAAAGAAAGCAGUAAAAUCCUUGUAAAAUAAAAACUUCGUUGUAACAUAUUUGCGUGUACGUCCGUGACAACGUCUCUGUCUUUUCCAUUUUCGUUCGAACGUGUUGCAUCUCUCUUCGUUUAUCGUCUCGUUUCUAGUUUCCUCUGUGUGUUUCGUUUUAUUUUAUUUUUUCCUUGGGCGGCGAUGUUAAAACACGCGAGCACGUGAUCGAUUUAACGAGGUAGCGUUGUAGAAUAAGAGAUCAGCUGGUGGCAGAACUUGUUAAACGAUAUUUACUGCACAUAAUAUUUAUUCGUUACUAUCAAUGUUCUUCUAUCGAUGUAUGUGCGUGCGAACCGUGUACGGCGGGGCGGGCAAUCGGGCUUCGGGUCGGGUCGAGUCGGGUCGAGUCGAGCGUUAUGCUGCGUGCCCACACGAGAGCGAUUAUCGGGAGCAGAAAUCGUCGAACGCUAGGCAUGUGACAGACAAACACAAAAAUGUCGGAAGAUUGGAUCCGCUCGGAUAUAAAUUUUCGAAUUUCGUAAUCUUGAAUUUAUUCAGAAUCAUCAGGUACGUUUAAAUGUUCGGACAAAUACGAACAAUUUUUGUUUAAGUUAAAGAAAUUUGAAAAUAGGAAAAGUGGUGAUUUCACGAAAAGAAAAUCAAAAUGUAUUUAUACUCUGCAUUAAAGAGAAGCUAUUUGAAACAAUUCAGUAAAUUAAAAAGAUAAUCCUUCCCUGUAAACGAAAAUGUAAUAUUUUGCAUAAGUUUUAAAAUAUGGUUUCGCGUUGCAAAAGUAUCGAUGGAUAUUUGUUCUACAGAAACAAAAAAUUAUUUUCCUGUCGAAUGCAUAGUGUUCGACGAUUUCGACGAACUGUGCGUCACCCGUGUUUACCACUAGAACUACUGUAACAGUGAAAAUGACUGGUUCCAAUUUUUUUGUUUUGAAUAUUCGAAAUGAUCUUGCAAAUAAAUAGUUUCAUUUCAAUAUUAUAAUUGUCUGAAGAAACUGAAAAUAAUGUAUUGUUAUAAUUUUUAUAGGGAUUACAUAUUAAUCGUAUCAAAUGUUCGACAGUUCUAGUGUUAAUUGAGAGCGGGCUUGCGAGAGUUAUAGCCUCGAGGGUGGCGGCACUGCCGACGGAUAUUGGAGAACCGGUUUCAGCUGUGUGCCUACUAACGGCAGUUUCCACUUUUGGUACAGGUCGGUGGGAGGAACGAACUCGAGUGGAAAUGUAGCUUUGACCUGUUCACAGGGUGACCUUUUGCACAAGAAUAUUGUAAUUGUAAUAAAUACGAGCAACAGGGAAUAACGACGAUCAGAAAUGAUUUCUUUUAGAACUACAGAAAUUGCAGUUCAAUUAUUCCAAAGAAAAUAAGAAAAAGUAAUUAUAAUUGAAUUCGAAAUCCCUUGAGUAAGGGGAGAAUGUUUACGAAUCAUUUAACCCUUUACACUAUGAGAUCACCUGUGACGUGAACUUAAAAUAUUAUUCUUUAGAAUAAAUGAUAAUAAACUAAAUAUUUGUAUUUUUGUAUUAUGAACAGGCGUUUCGUUGAUAAUAGUCGAAAUUUUAAAUAAAUGCAAACAAUUUCUUUAUAUUCGUCAUGAAAUGGUAAGCGGAAAGAUUGAAUCAGACUUGAGAAUAAUCUAAAAAAACGAUUAUAGUGUAAAGGAUUAAUAUAGAUAUAUAUGAAACAUUGGAUAUUAGUAUUCGGUGAGACAAAUUUCAGAUUUUAUCUAAUAAAAUAAAAUAAACUUUGAUACUAUUUUUACUCUAAAUAUAUUCACUUCGUUAAUACAGAAAAUGAAAUUCUCUUUAACCCUUUAUAAAUUGCACCAAGAAAAUGUUACUUUGGGCAAAAGUUGUAACGCAAUUCGAUACAAAAGAUUUCUAGGUAGGACGAACAAGAAAACUGAAAGUUAGUAAAAGAUACGAAGGAAGAAGAAUAACGAGCGUACUCGUCAUCCUCAGUUGCCGCGUUAAGAAUAUUCUUUUCGACGUGACUCGAAUGCCCGGUUCUCAAAUGGCGAUAGUGUAACGCUUCUUCGCAUUGUAAAGGUUGGCGAAUGAAAUUCUAAGGGUUGCGAAAGAACGAGUAUCGGCCGUUGUUUUUAAAUGUCUUUGAAUUGGAAUAUUUUACCGAUAACCCGUCUGUGUAAAAUAUUUUCCUAAGCCACGUACGUCGUAAGAGUUUCGUUUUUGGUUGUACAUAAUACUGCAUCAUGUUAUUAUCAUUAAUAUUAUACUAUUGCUGCUCUUACCGAUAGAUUACAAAUAAACGUAAAUGU